AUGGCCCAGCAUGACGAGUGUGUAAAGCACGCUGUGGUAGCUUUGAGCGGCAGCUAUUUACUGGAUUAUAACUCGCAGCAAGGCCUUCGUGACCGCGUCAACUAUCAUUAUGAUCAAGCUAAACAUAUGAUAAGCGUUGCCCUAAGAAGCAGGCAAAACCAAGACAUUGGUCAAGGUGACAACCUUGUUGCUGCUAUCAUGUUGCUUCUAGUGGACGAUUGCGUGAAUUGGGAGUUGCGUAUAAAUAACGCCGAACCUAACUGGAUAUUGGCUGCGAGGCUAGCCAAGUCCAUACUUGACAACUCGGACCCUGGGUACAGAUACUGGCGGCCUGAUAACACCCAAUAUAGCGCUGCAAGACACGGCUAUGCGAAUUGGGUGGCUCUUGCAUGCAUUCUCAGCGAGCUUGUAACUCCAUUAGCAUCUCGAGGAAACCCGAAUGCGUAUGGUUGGCUCCUCGCAGGAACGCAAAAGGAAAGCUGGAAGAUCAACGGCGGUACUGGUCUUUGCCCCAAGUUACUUCAUAUAAUAUCACAAAUAACGUAUCUGUCUGUCUUGGUGAAGGAAGAUUCCUCCAUGGCGCCCAUCUAUGCAGCAAAAGUGAUCAGCAAAGGGCUGAAAACAUUCCACCAGUGGUCAGAACUUUCUGAUGGGUAUCCAAGUGCGGAAGAGCUGCUUCGAUCAUGCGACCUAGACAAAAAUGGAAAAGUACAGACAGCAACGAAAGUGACCGAGCUGACUGGAGAAACUUGGGUUGCCGCCGCCCAAAUAUACCUCCACUGCCGACUACGUAGAAAACCUCGCCAUCACCCAGAUGUCCAAAAAACAGCCAAGGUUUUAUGGAAAUGCGUCACCAUGAUGCCAUAUUCAGGAACGCUGUUCACGUCUCAGGCUCCCUUUUGUCCUAUUUUUAUUGCAUCCCUUGUCUCGAUAGAGAAGAAGGAUAGGAUGAUAGCCGAGGAGUGGUUCACAACCGUCGGACUGAAAGGAAAAUGUAGAUCAAGCGUUCCCCCGGUGUGGGCAGCAGUCCAGGCAAUGUGGACGUGGAUGGAUGGCGGUGGGGUUAGCCACGUCUUCGAUGAAGGUGUGCCAGUGCAUAAAAGACCCUCCUGGUGGGAAAGUAUGGUUGAUCAGCUCAUUGCAACAGUAGGUUAUGUUAGUUUAACAUAA